AUGCCUUCCAAUAGCAGCAGAAAAACAGACCGUAAAGGAAAAGGAAAAGUAUCUGCAAGUAUAUCUAUCUCUGCAAACCGUGUUUUGACUGGCUGUGUUGGACCUCGAGAAAUUGCCCCCAUAAACAACAGUAUCAACAGUGUCAAGGAUGACAUUGCUGCUGUCAAUAGCAACAUGACAGCCUUUAAAAACAGGAUGGGCGUUGUUGUUGACACGUCUGGAAAGACACAUACGGCAUUUGCAGACUUUGCAACUGCCUAUGCCAAUGAUCAGACUCAUAUGGCUAGUCUAGGACCAUCUCUGAUACCAUCCUAUGUUCCCCAGACCUCCCUCAGUGAUGCUGAGGUUUCUGUCAUUAUCUUGAAAAUCUUUGCAGAAAAGUUGUGGGACUGGAAGUUUGAGUCUGACGACCCUGCUGUUGUUGCUGAGAAUAAGAGUAAGAAGAAGUAG